AUGGCGACUCAUGGACACAUUGAGUUGUUUGAUGUCACUGGCGGAAACUGGUCGACGUACGAACUACGCUUGACGCAGUAUUUGGCAGCCAACGGCAUCAAUGAUAAUGACCUGAAGCGAGCAACGAUGCUCACGGUCAUCGGAGGUCCAGCAUUUGAACUGCUGCAAGAUUUGCUGGCCCCGGACGCCCCAACUGACAAGACGUUUGCGGAGCUCUGCGCGGCUCUAAAAGGACAUCUCGCACCGAAACCACUUGUCAUUGGAGAACGAUACCGAUUCUACCAGAGGGACCAACGUUCAGGAGAAUCGAUCGCCGCCUACGUGGCUGAACUUCGCCGUUUGGCAAGGACCUGCGAGUUCAAUGCCCAUCUUGCAGAAGCUCUGCGAGAUCGCUUCGUCUGCGGACUGAGGAGUGCAGGUACGCGGAGGAAACUCCUGGCCACGGACGCACUGACUUUCGACAACGCCGUCAAGGACGCGCUGGCUGAUGAGCUGGCCACCAGGGACGCUCUGGAAGUCUCCGCGACGGAUACGAAGAACGCUAGCGGUGGUGUCCACAAACUUCGCACCCCAUCGAGAAAGCCUGUGCCUGGUGCACGAUCUACGUGUUUUCGCUGUGGUGGCGUUGGACACAAGGCGCCUGACUGCCGCUACAAGGACGAAGUUUGCAAUGCGUGUGCAAAACUGGUGCUGCAAGCCUACAACGGUGAAUCGCUUCGAUCGCAAGGCGUGCUGCGCUUGCCUGUCACCAUCAACGGUCAGCAAGCGGAGGCUGAGCUGUACGUGGUCGACUGCGAGGGCCCAGCAUUGCUAGGACGCACAUGGCUCCAGCAAUUUCGCCUCAACUGGACAGAGUUGGCGGCUAUCAGGAAUGUGAAAUCCUCACUCCAGGAGUUACAACGUGACUUUGCAGCGGUAUUCAAUGAUGAACAAGGAUUGUUCAAGGGGGCGAAAGCCAAGCUCACGCUGAAGUCUGAUGCGACUCCAAAGUUUGUCAAGGCACGAUCGGUGCCAAUGGCGCUGAAACCCAAGGUUGAAGCAGAGAUACGUCGCAUGGAGGCUGCUGGCAUCCUCACUCCGGUGGAGUGGAGCGAAUGGGCAACACCUGUGGUACCUGUUCUGAAGCCAAACGGCCAGGUCAGGCUAUGUGGAGACUUCAAGGUGACGGUGAACCCCCAGCUCCGCAUCGACCAACACCCGUUGCCGCUCAUCGAGGAGAUCUUUGCCUCACUCUCCGGAGGGCAAGAGUUUACAAAACUCGAUCUGAAGGCAGCGUACACGCAGAUGGAGGUGGACGACGAGUCGAAGCCCCUGCUUACGCUCAACACCCAUCUGGGUCUGUUUCGACUCAACCGUCUCCCAUACGGGAUUGCGUCUGCUCCCGCGCUAUGGCAACGAGCCAUGGAUUCUCUGCUACGAGACCUGCCAGGCGUUAAGUGCAUGAUCGAUGACAUCAUCGUCACUGGCCGCACACCGGAGGAACACCUCAAAACGCUGAUGAAGGUGCUCCAACGUCUCGCUGAUGCGGGCCUCAAACUCAACCUGGCCAAAUGCCACUUCUUUCAGCCGAAAGUGGAAUAUUGCGGCCACGCCAUCAGCGCACAGGGCCUGCACACGAUGCCGAGCAAGGUUGAUGCAAUUUGUGAUGCUCCACCGCCGGAGAAUGUGCCGCAAGUACGCAGUUUUCUGGGGCUCAUCACCUACUAUCAACGCUUCAUUCCGAAGAUGUCAACUAUCCUGAGUCCACUAACAGCGCUGCUGCAAAAAGGAGCGGCGUUCGAAUGGACAGAUGAGUGCCGACAAGCCUUCCAAGAGGUCAAGCAGGUGCUGUCAUCCCAACAGGUGCUCACACACUAUGACCCGACACUGCCCGUUCGUCUCGCAAGUGAUGCGUCACCAUACGGGGUUGGAGCGGUCUUGUCGCACAUUCUGCCAUCUGGAGAAGAGCGACCGAUCGCAUAUGCCUCUCGAAAGCUCUCGAAAACGGAACAGGCAUACUCACAGAUCGACCGUGAAGCGCUCGCAAUAGUGUGGAGUGUGAAACGCUUCCACAACUACCUGUACGGCCGGCAUUUUGAGCUGCUCGCGGACCACCAGCCGCUGGUAUCAAUCUUCCACCCGAAGAAAGGCCUGCCUGCUAUGACCGUAGCACGUCUUCAACGCUAUGCGAUAUUCCUGGCCGGACAUGACUACACAAUCAUGUACCGCCAAACAGACAAGCAUUGCAACGCCGACGGAUUGUCACGCCUGCCAGUAGGAAAUCCUCCGGCACCAGAUACGGCAGAGGAAGCGGUCAACAUGUUCUACAUGGACCAAUGCGAACCACUCCCAGUAACAGCGGAGCAGAUCAAGGAGGCAACAGCCAGCGACCCGCUAUUGCGUGAGGUCCAUCACUAUGUGCAACAAGGUUGGCCGAAGUCGUGCCCAAGAGCAGAGCUACAGCAGUACUUCCAACGCCGCAACGAGCUCAGCGUUAGCAACGUGUGCUUGCUAUGGGGCAAUCGCGUCAUCAUUCCGCCGGACCACCAGAAAGCUGUCCUGACAGAGCUUCAUGAAGGCCAUCCAGGAAUGGUACGAAUGAAGGCAUUGGCGAGAAGCAUCCUCUGGCGGCCGGGCUUGGACGGCGACAUAGCAGACGCAGUCAAAGCAUGCCUCGGAUGCCAAAGUGUCCAGAGCGAACCUGCUGCAGCACCAGUGCACCGCUGGAGCAUGCCAGACCGCGCGUGGCAGCGCGUCCACGUAGAUUACCUUGGUCCAUUGUGGCAAACGAUGUGGCUCGUCAUUGUCGAUGCCUAUUCAAAAUGGCCCGAAGUCAUUCCGAUGCCUUCCACAACGUCUUUGGCUACCAUCGCGAGUCUCAGGACAGUAUUCGCCAGAUAUAGUUGCCCAGACCUUAUCGUCAGCGACAAUGGUCCACAAUUUGCAUCUGCAGAGUUUGCCGAGUUCCUCGCCUCGAACGGCAUCGCUCACAGACGCUCAGCGCCGUAUCAUCCAGCGACGAACGGCCAAGCUGAAAGGUUCGUCCAGACCUUUAAACGGGCAAUCAAGGCAGUACCGCAGUCAACGCCUGCACAGAUUGCUGCUGACCGGUUCUUGAUGAGCUACCGCCGAGGAGUCCAUCCGGCUACAAACGCAACGCCUGCGAAGCUGUUCCUAGGCCGUCCGCUACGAUCACGUCUGGAUUUGUUGGGACCGUCAACGGCACACCGGAACGCCAAGACGCCCACCGAAGAGCCUGCUGGCAAGGCACGAACCUUCGAGGUUGGAGGCGCCGUUCUAGCACGCGAUUACCGGAACGUCAACCAUCCCGGAUGGAUCCCAGCGACCAUACUCGAGAAGCUUGGGUCUCGUACGUACAUGAUUGUCACCAGCCAAGGCGCACAGUGGAAGCGACACCUGGAUCAGCUACGUGCGGGACACCCGUCCUUCCUAGUGGAUGAGCCGACACAAUCUGUGGCUGCACCAUGUCUCCCUCCAGUGCAGCACCCGACCGCAGCAGAAGCACCCGAGCCUGAGCCGGCUGCAGUGCCACAACAGCACGAGGCUGACGCUACCAACGACACAACUGACGCCUCACCGACUCCGACUCUACGCCGAUCGUUGCGGACACGCAAGCAAGUGUCUCGCUUGUGCCUGUAG